AUGUGUGCGAUGUCAGAAUCUCAAGAAGUAGUUCUGCACAAAUUUUAUUUUACACAAUCAGAUCAUGUUAUUGCGCUAAGUGAAGGUCAGGUCAAAUGCGUUCCCUACUUAAAUGCGAUGGUGGAAAAUGCACAGCGAUUUUCUUGGCAUCGGAAUCAAAAUAAUGCAUUUAUUCUGGAUGAUUUAAUACAAUAUUCUUCGCUAAAACCUAUUUUGUCUGCUGUGCACAGCAGAAAUUCAUCGCAUCUCUUCACCAAGUUGCCACGAUAUGUAGACGUUUUAGACGUGCUUCAAUUGUAUGAAUACAUGUCUUUUGAUCCGAUGCCAGUUCCUUCCUUGAGACCAAUGUUGGGAAUAUAUACAGAGGAUUUACAGUUAUUUUCAAAAAGACGCCGAUACGUUAGUUUAUCCGAAGUACAAAAUACAGCUGUAGAGUUUACCGUCGCUGUUGCUAAUGGAAGAUAUGAAAUAGACAAUAUCGAAACGGUCAAAAUUAUUUUCGAUCUACUUGUGCAUAUUCUGCGUUCUGUAUCUGUAUUCGGUGCACGUUUACGUUAUCACACAUUGGUGAUAAUAGAGAAUUGCUGCCCACAGAUCUUCACUCCCGAUCAACGUGCUAUGCUGCUUGCGUAUAGGCGAAGUUUAGAAGUAUUAAACGAUACGGACGAUUGUGUCAACGUUGAUUUAACAUAUGAGCACGUGUUUGAACGGGAAUGUAACUAUGUUAUGAGUCUUGAAAGAAGUUGGCUUUCGAAACCUGUACUGGCGAAUGUGGCCCCACUCUACGCGCGUUUCUCGAGACCGAAAGGACGUCGGAAUAAGAACGACUUGUAUCCUAUUUACCGUUCUCUUUCAUCAUGGUCUCCAUAUAUGCUUUACACAUGCGAGCGAUGCAUAACACAAACUAUACUCUAUUUUUCUCCCAAGUUCAAGGAAGCGCAACCACUGCGUCCAUGUGGAUACUUACACCUUUGGACUCGAAUAAAACCCAAAGCCAAUUCUAUUGAAGAUUUACCGACCAUGCAAUUGCAUAUUUGUGAAUACUCACCUGAACUGAAGCAUUUGAAUUACAAAAUGAAAACCUGCUUGAUGGGAUGUUGCACCACUCUUCAAAAUGCGAAUAACAAACGCGAAAAACGAAUGAUUUACUCUGGUCGGUUCUGUCAUCUACUCAAAGGACCAGCUGUCGAUAAGUUCAAGAAUAAAUACAAUGUGAAAUUACAAAAAUAUCGAUGA